AUGGGGGCGUGGCAGCGCAUGGAGGAUGCGCUGGAACGGAUAACGGCCGUCGUCGAGAAGGGCACCCAUGACACAUUUUAUUGGAUGGGGUUGAGGAUCGCGAAAUGGCCACGAUCAUGUCUCGCUAUAUGCACGAUCUGGGCGAUAGUCAUGGCAGCCGGUGUCUGCCGAUUCAAGGAGGUGAACAACGUCCGCGAGCAUUUUUCCGCCACGAAUUCGCCGAGUCGAUAUGAAUUUGCCGUCGCCCGCGAAUUUUUCCAGGAUCAAGGCAUGCCCUUCCACGUGGUCGUCGCCCUCGAAGCAGCCGACAAGGGCAGUAUAUUACGGCCAGGCUACAUCGAAAAAGCGCUCGAAAUCGAGGACUACCUCCAAUACAAGCUCACCGUCGAGCACGAGAACCGCACAUGGAGUUAUUCCGAUUUUUGUGGCUCGCAGUGUGAUACUUCUGAUGCGGUGAACAUCUUCUUGACAAUGUUUCGGGAUCAGCAGGUCCGAAAGCACAAUAAUGUCAAGCUGACGUAUCCGUCGAUGGAUUUGUUUGGGCAUCACGUUUAUCUGGCGAAUAAUAUCUUUUUGGUUGAUGUUAAUAACAAAUCCCAAAUCGUGGAAUCCGCCCGGCUAAUCUCCAUCAAUUUCCAAUCGAUUUAUGCCAAUGCCACGAUGGAGGCCGUCAUGAAGAAAUGGGAACAUGCUGUUUUCGAUUUUACACAGAAAACUCUUGAAGACCCGCUCAUCCACGCCUACUGCACCUCUGAAGGGUUGGUCAGCGAAGAGGUCCGCAGGACAGGUAUCCUGGCGAUGCCGUUGAUGCCGUUGACAGUCGUCGUCGUUUUCGCCUUUGUUUUCUUCACCACAUUCAAGCUCGAUUCUUUGCGCUCAAAACCCUGGGAAUCCGUGCUCGGCGUGCUGUGCCCGAUUCUCUCGCUCUGUGCCUCGUUCGGCAACCUUUUCUGGCUCGGCUACGAAUUCCUACCCAUCGUCACCGUCGUGCCGUUCUUGAUUCUGGCCAUCGGUGUCGACGACGUUUUCAUUUUUCUGCACGCGUGGCACCGCACUGAUUCGAGAGAACCUCCGCAUAAGAGAUCGGCCGAAAUGUUGGCAGAUGCUGGCCCGUCUAUCACGAUCGCUUCCCUGACGAAUUUGUUGAGUUUUGGAACGGGGAUCCUGACGCCAACUCCAGCUAUUACAGUUUUCUGCGUGUUCAUCUCCGUGGCCGUCAUCUACGAUUGGGUCUACCAGAUCUUCUUCUACACGGCCGUCCUCCAGUUGAGCGGUGAACGCGAGGCGCGCCGUGGGCACGCGUUCGUGCCCUGUCUUACCGUAGCUGAGCCAGAGAAAAUCGCGAAGAAGAACAACAAAAAGCCAGAAGACGAGGGUCUCUACAACCGGAUGGCGAGCUUCUUGCUAGACAUUUGGGUGGAAUUCUGCAUGUCGGCCUGGAGCAAGUAUUUUGUGGGCGCCAUCCUGAUCGUUUUCUGGAUCACAAUGUCGUUUGGGGUGCGGAAAAUCCGGGUGGGGUUGACGUCGGAGAAGCUGUUCAUGGACGACUCACCUCUUUUGACGCUGGUCCGCUUCCAGACCGACGUCAUCUUCAAGGAGGGCGGACAGGUGGCCGUUUUCGUGAACAACCCUGGGGAUAUGCGUCAAGCUGAAGCCGUUCCGGAGGUGAUGCGCAUCCUGACCCGCUUCGAGAAUGCGAAUCACUCCGUGGGCGCGCUGAGCACCCACAUGUGGCUGUUGGCCUAUUUGCCGUACAUUGGACUCCAGAACCACGGCUCUAUCGACUUCCAAUACAAAUAUCUCCCCGAAUUCUUCAAGAUUCAAGAAUACAGGCGCUGGAGCCAUUUUGUCAGCUUGGGCAAUCCAGAGGAUUGUCUGGCUGAGCGGCCGGAAUGUCUGCAUAAAUUUGUGUUCCUCACCGGAUUUAGGGAUGCCGUUACGUGGGAGAGCCGCCUGGCCAUUCUGAGCGAGUGGCGCUCAACUGCCGCCGAGUAUCCGCAUCUGAAUCUGACCGUUUAUGAGGACUUCAGCACCUAUUCCGAUCAGUUGCUCUCAAUCUGGCCGGUCACAAUGUCUACCGUAGCCGGAGCAUUGGUUUGUAUGUUGGCCAUUCUCGUCAUUUUCACCCCGUCACUGAUCAUGAUCAUCACCUCCACGACCGCCGUGCUCAGCAUUAACUUGGGCGUUUUUGGCUCGCUGGUUUAUAUGGGUAUCGAUUUGGACCCGAUCUCGAUGACGACUACGUUGAUGGCCAUCGGGUUUUCCGUCGAUUUCGUGGCGCAUAUUACGUUCCACUACUAUAAGGGCGAUUUUGCGACAAAACGUGAACGUAUCGAACACGCGCUCGCCUCCAUCGCCUGGCCAAUGGUCCAAUCCGGCACCUCGACCAUGGCCGCCGUGGUCGUGUUGGCCAUGGUGCACGCCUACAUGGUGGCGGUGUUUGUGAAGGUGGUCGUGUUGGUCAUCUCCCUGGGGAUGUUGCACGGCUUGAUCGUGUUGCCCGUCUUCUUCGCCGCGUUGCCCUUCCACAAGCAGAAGUCGGCGGGCAAGAGUCGGAUGAAUACGCCAUCAGGCUCCAUCGGCAACAUUCAUACGAUAAGCCUGCAAGCCGACGACGAGACGAAAAUGCGGAAUAUAAACACAAAACCGCGCACAAACCAAAAUGGA